AUGUUGGACGGAAGAAGCGGAGAGGCUAUAACUGGGUUCAAGGUCAGCCAUCCUACUCCACUAAGAGCUCGAGGAGUCAGCAAUCUCAGUGUACUAUGGCAGCUCGAACUAGUACAGCAUGCGAAACUUGUCGCACUACUAGGAAACGCUGCGCUGGGGGACCUCCUUGUCAGAACUGUUUUGAACGGGGGAAAGAGUCUUGUGAAUUUGUCCUCACUGCAAUUAGCAGGAAGCUUGUUGCACAGCAGGCAAGGAUCGAAAGUGACGCAUGCGGCCCGUGUCUCACGAACAGCACACUUUGCAGGGGAGGACUGCCGUGUGAGGAAUGCGUUCUACGUGGAAAUGGAGCAUGUACGUUUGAGCUUGGCUCGCGCAGCGAGAAGCACCUGGCAAGGGCCAGAUCUGCCUGCCUGCCAUGCCGCGCCAAGAAAAUCCGCUGCACUGGCAAAGGACCUCCGUGUGUAUCAUGUACUCUUCGUGGAAUUGAAAUCCGAUAUUCCCGCCGAGUCAUCCUGGAAUGCAGUACUAGAGAAGGCCCCAGUCCAACCGGCUGAGAGCCCUCUCCAUGAAGAGUCUUACAGUAGUCCGUCAUCCUACACCUCCACUCUUGCUGCUAUAGAUACGAGACGAGCAUUCCACGAUGAGUCAGAGGGAGUUACCACACCACUUUCCAAAACCAGCUGUUUGACUGCCCCGUCGGAGCUGGGCAGAACUCCAAGCCCAGAUGUCAGCAGUUCCGACAGUGCUGUUGGCCCAUCUUCACUGGCAGGGUGCGCUUCAUAUGAGCAACUCCUCGACGUCCUCCCAAACCGUGAACUAUGUUGUGUCAUCGACGCCAUCAGCUUCGAAGCUGAGUAUGAGGCAUUCUGCCGCAAUUUUAAUGUCGCACCGCAAUCCUGGCUAUCCUUGCUUUUUGCAAUUCUAGCACUAGCCUGCCGUGCGGAAGAAGAUUCUGGAAGAGGCUGUUUCUCUGAUGAUUUGUCGAUGCGGUGCGAGGAAGCUGCCUGGCACUGUCUGUUGACCAACGACCCACCAUUUGAAAUAUCACGGAGUUCACUGAAAGCGAUGGUACUCAUAAUCUAUGGUCGCACACACCGUGGAGAGGAUGUAUUCAGUGACCUGCAACUGGCCUGCCGUGCGGCAAUAUCUACCAAAUGUCAUGUGGAUACCGAGCAGUGUGUUGUCCAGCCCAAGGUUUGCGAGGAAUACCGAUGUAUUCUGGUUAGCCUGAAAGCCCUGUUUAUGCUCAACGCUCAGAUGCACGACUACUACCGCAACCCGGUACUCACCCAAGAGUAUCCUGAACAUUCAAGCCUAUCAACUGGUGCCGCAGAAUUAUCUCCCAUGGAGACGACGUUUACCAUGUUGAAUUCUCAACUGUUGAAGAUAUCAGACACGAUCUGUGUGAGCGCAGAGCGUGGUUUGAUGUCAGAGUGUACCCUCGCUGUCCUUGAGACUGAGCUAGACCGUAUGGAGAAAGCCUGCAGCGAGCUUAACACCAAGCUCGGUGGACCUGGUUCGCAGUCAAUCUCUCAUCAAGGCGGCUAUGGUAUACUGCACUGCUAUAUCAACUAUCUGCUUCGUCUUCUCUUUUUGCCUUAUCUUCAGCGAUACCUAGAUGGGGAGACGACACCAGAAACAAGAUUAUCUGCAUUGAAGUGUAUUGCUUUUGCAAAGGCUACGUUGCGAGUGUUCAAUCUUUUGGCUGAGAGCAUGCAGUCCAAAUCAUAUGCUUGGUAUAUGCGAGGUCUCGGAAGCUACUAUGCUGAACAAUCAGCAUAUACUCUCAUCGGAGGCGCUGCAGGGCUCCAGGGAGGAAAGGAAGACCAAGAGGUCGAGUCUUUACUAAACCCAUAUUCUCUGCAAGAGGAGCGUUUAUUCUCGAAUACCGAUGAUCGGAUGUGA